AUGGCGGCUCCACUACUUUUUACCCUCGCAUUUGGGGUUUUUUUCGGUCCAGUGUGGGACUGGAGCUCUGGUGCAUCUAUCGCGACCUGGGUGGUUUUCGGGGUAACCUUGGUUGGAUGGAUCGUCUAA